CCAGGACCAGUGUGGGACGUGCAGACUGAAUGUAGUCGCUGUGUUUUGAUAGGAAGAAAAGGAGCCCCCCUAUUUUUCUAUUUGCAUCGAUGGGACAGCGGAGAUGUGUUUUUGUUUGCUUUUUUUUUUUACCCCAACAGACUGAUUGAGGGGAGGCUUCGGGGAGCCGCUUCCACAAGAGGCUGAAUUCUCCUCUCAGCCAUCUUGCCUGCCUGCCUGCCUGCCUCUCCGCCGCCCUGAAGGCUGUUUCCUCUCCUCCUCCUCCACCUCCUCCUCCUCCUCCUGCUGCUGCUCAUUCUGCUCCCUGCUCCCCCUCGGCUCAGAGUAAACACGGCGUGCACAGCUGCGUGCAGCUCCGUGCAGGAUCCCGACGGAGGCGAGGAUGGGCUCGGCGCGCAGCAUCUGAGCUGGACUGGUCUGGAUAGGACUGAGGAGAAUCUGAAGGCUGGUGGGGGGGGGGGAAACAUGGACCUGUGUGGGAUUUACCUGCUCCUCUCGCUCGCCCUCCUUCCCCGAUCCAGCUGCACCACGGCCAAGGAGAUCACCUGCCAGGAGAUCGCCGUGCCCCUGUGCAAAGGCAUCGGCUACAACUACACCUACAUGCCCAACCAGUUCAACCACGACACGCAGGACGAGGCGGGACUGGAGGUGCACCAGUUCUGGCCCCUGGUGGAGAUCCAGUGCUCCCCGGACCUGAAGUUCUUCCUCUGCAGCAUGUACACCCCGAUCUGCCUGGAGGACUACAAGAAGCCGCUUCCGCCGUGCCGGAGCGUGUGCGAGCGCGCCCGGGCCGGCUGCGCGCCCCUCAUGAGGCAGUACGGCUUCCCCUGGCCGGACAGGAUGAGGUGCGACCUGCUGCCGGUGCAGGGCAACCCGGACACCCUGUGCAUGGACUACAACCGGACUGACUCCACCACGGUGUCCCCUUUGCUCUCCAAGCCCACGAACCACCCGGGCCGGGGGGGCCACAUCAACCCCGCCAAGAGCAAUAAGCCCGGCAGACCCAAGCCGGCCGCGGCGCCCUGCGAGCCCGGCUGCAAGUGUCUGGAGCCCAUGGUGUCCGUGAGCACGGAGAGACACCCGCUCUACAACCGCGUGAAGACCGGCCAGGUCCUGAACUGCGCCGUGCCGUGCCACAACCCUUACUUUACGCACGACGAGCGCGCCUUCACCGCGUUCUGGAUCGGACUGUGGUCCGUGCUGUGCUUCGUGUCCACCUUCGCCACCGUGGCCACGUUCCUCAUCGACAUGGAGAGGUUCAAGUACCCGGAGAGACCCAUCAUCUUCCUCUCCGCCUGUUACAUGUUCGUGUCGGUGGGGUACAUCGUGCGCCUGAUCGCGGGCCACGAGAAGGUGGCGUGCAGCCGCGAGCUGGACGUGGAGCACAUCCACUACGAGACCACGGGGCCGGCGCUGUGCACCGUGGUCUUCCUGCUCGUGUACUUCUUCGGCAUGGCCAGCUCCAUCUGGUGGGUGAUCCUGUCCCUGACGUGGUUCCUGGCCGCGGGCAUGAAGUGGGGCAACGAGGCGAUCGCCGGGUAUUCCCAAUAUUUCCAUUUGGCAGCUUGGCUCAUCCCCAGCAUGAAGUCCAUCGCCGUGCUGGCGCUCAGCUCCGUGGACGGGGACUCCGUGGCCGGCAUCUGCUACGUGGGGAAUCAAAACCUGGACAACCUGCGGGGCUUUGUGCUCGCUCCCUUGGUGAUUUAUUUAUUCAUCGGCACCAUGUUCCUCCUGGCCGGGUUCGUCUCCUUGUUCCGGAUACGCAGCGUCAUAAAGCAAGGGGGCACCAAAACGGACAAAUUGGAGAAGCUGAUGAUUAGAAUAGGGAUUUUCACUGUGCUCUACACGGUUCCGGCUACGAUUAUAGUGGCCUGCUACUUUUACGAGCAGCACAACCGGCAGAGUUGGGAGAUUACGCACAACUGCUCCAAGUGCCUGCUGGAGCGGGAGCGCAGCAGCCCCGACUACGCCGUGUUCAUGCUCAAGUACUUCAUGUGCCUUCUGGUGGGCAUCACGUCCGGGGUGUGGAUCUGGUCCGGGAAGACCCUGGACUCGUGGAGGACUUUCUGCACCCGGUGCUGCUGGGGCAGCAAGGGCACCGGGGGGUCCAUGUACAGCGACGCCAGCACGGGGCUGACGUGGAGGUCUGGCACGGCCAGCUCCGUGUCCUGCCCCAAGCAGAUGCCUCUGUCCCAGGUUUGAGUGGACCAUGGUGAAGGACGCAAAAAAAAAAGCAGCUUAUUAAUAGGAGGACUGCUAAUUGUUCAGGAGAUAACCCCAUCACACAUUGUGAUGCUGCUGCUGAUGCGGAGGUGCAGCCCUCUGUCAGAACAAUGCGCCUGGCACUCAUACAAGUCAAUCACUUUUUAAGCCUGGAUUAUGGUUCUGCGUUAAAUCGACGCGCGUAGCCUACGGCGUAG